AUGAGAGCUUACCGAUCGGGAUCCGUCCGAUACGGCCUUGACGACAAUGAAGAGAGAAAUAUCAGAUUGAAGAGAGAAAGAUUGGAGAAUUUUCUAGUUUUUGGUGACUCCUCUGAGGAGGAUGAAGAAUCCCUCGAUACCAGGGCAAUGCAUGGGUUUAUGUUAGUAGUUAAGGUUGUUAAAUGGGGGUAUGCGGCUGAGAUGACCAUCCUUUUCCAUCAAUUGAACCCUUGCUGUCAUAAGCAUUAUGAUCAUACCAGGUUUUGGUUAUGGGAAGAAAAUUUAUGGCAAGCAAUCGACAUGGCCUGA